AUGAAACGUCUGGAGCUAGAGGGGACUCUAUUGGACUCCUUUCUUUACUCCCAUUGGCUAACGCUCCACACGCUGGUGUCUAAGGGGCGGGACAUCUCUAAGCAAGUGGACCAAUCCCAGCAGAGCCGACCAGCUGACCAAUCAGAGCCGCCUGUGAAUCAGCUGUUUGAUCUCCUUGAAGUCAGUAGUGAGUACCUGUCAGCUGACCAAUCAGAGCCGCCUGUAAAUCAGCUGUUUGAUCUCCUUGAAGUCAGUAGUGAGGACCUGUCAGCUGACCAAUCAGAGCCGCCUGUAAAUCAGCUGUUUGAUCUCCUUCUUGAAGUCAGUAGUGAGGACCUGUCAGCUGACCAAUCAGAGCCGCCUGUGAAUCAGCUGUUUGAUCUCCUUGAAGUCAGUAGUGAGGACCUGUCAGCUGACCAAUCAGAGCCGCCUGUGAAUCAGCUGUUUGAUCUCCUUCUUGAAGUCAGUAGUGAGGACCUGUCAGCUGACCAAUCAGGGCCGCCUGUGAAUCAGCUGUUUGAUCUCCUUCUUGAAGUCAGUAGUGAGUACCUGUCAGCUGACCAAUCAGGGCCGCCUGUGAAUCAGCUGUUUUAUCUCCUUCUUGAAGUCAGUAGUGAGGACCUGUCAGCUGACCAAUCAGGGCCGCCUGUGAAUCAGCUGUUUUAUCUCCUUCUUGAAGUCAGUAGUGAGUACCUGUCAGCUGACCAAUCAGAGCCGCCUGUGAAUCAGCUGUUUGAUCUCCUUGAAGUCAGUAGUGAGGACCUGUCAGCUGACCAAUCAGGGCCGCCUGUGAAUCAGCUGUUUGAUCUCCUUGAAGUCAGUAGUGAGGACCUGUCAGCUGACCAAUCAGAGCCGCCUGUAAAUCAGCUGUUUUAUCUCCUUCUUGAAGUCAGUAGUGAGUACCUGUCAGCUGACCAAUCAGGGCCGCCUGUGAAUCAGCUGUUUGAUCUCCUUGAAGUCAGUAGUGAGGACCUGUCAGCUGACCAAUCAGAGCCGCCUGUAAAUCAGCUGUUUGAUCUCCUUCUUGAAGUCAGUAGUGAGUGGCCGUUUCUCAAUCGCGAGGAUGCUGGCUUGGUAGCACAGCCGAGCCGAGCAUCUUGCUUCAGAAGCGAGGCAAGAAUACUUCCUGGCAUUCGGAAAACGAAGACUGGAACAGGCUAGCAAGUGUGCAGGUGUGCAUCAUAUGAGAGG